GAUUUCACCGUGAAUUGUACCGUUUAACGGAAAUCGCACCGUUUAAAACCCUUGCCUUAUGUGUAUAAGGUCGGUGCAGACUGCAGAGUGUAUAUUUUCCCAUCAACGAGCUGUUAACGACGUUGGAGUCGCACUUUCCUGAGAUCUCCUUUGCUCGAAGCUUUGAAACAACUAAAAAAAUGAGGGCUUCUAUCAACCGCCCACCAACACCAGAUGCAGAGGAAGACAAAGAAAAAGAACUAACUCUUCAAGAGAUCAUCAACGUCAAAUUAAUUGAGAGUGGGGAAAAGGAACGGUUGAAGGAGCUUCUAAGGGAAAGGCUUAUUGAAUGUGGGUGGAGAGAUGAAAUGAAAGCUCUUUGCAGAGCCUUUUCUAGGAAGAAGGGAAGGAAUAAUGUUACUGUGGAUGACCUUGUAAACGUAAUCACGCCUAAGGGCAGAGCCUCAGUUCCUGAUUCUGUAAAGGCUGAGCUGUUGCAGCGCAUCCGAACGUUUCUAGUGUCAGUAGCUCUUUGAUCCUGACAGCCAAGUUCUCUCUGUGUUUCUGCUAUGAUGUAUUUCUCUUAUUUAAUAGUCCAGAGGGUGUCAUUUGCAGAGUCAUUCCUCUUGACUUAAGGUCGUGAUAGAAGUCUACUGUCUUUGAUCUGAAUUGCAGGUGUUCCUUGGAUAUGAGAAACCGUUAGAAUUUUAGUCUAAACUACCUGUUUAUAUUGAAACAAAGUGAAGGGUGCUAAGGUUGUUUAUACAGAAGUCUUCUACUGAAACGUUUCAAAUGGAAUUGUUAUCAAUAAGUUACGUUUACCUUA